AUGUCCUAGAAAUAAGAAGAGGAGAACCCUGCACAAGAGACUGGUGACAAGAAGCAGGACACAGAGGAGAAAGGAGGUAUUCUCCCUGAGAGAGGAAAGGAGGCAAAGCUAAAGGCCAAAUAUCCCGUAAGACAAAAGCCAGAUGGCUCCAACUUCAUGGAGAGACUCCAGAAAGGGCGAAAGUACUUUGACUCAAGAGACCACAACAUGGCCAAAGACAAGAGGAAGAAUAAGCAGUUGCCAAGUGCAGGACAAGAGAACCUGGCUACUGGUAAUCACAUUCCCACCACACAGGAUUUGCCCCAGAGAAAGUCCUCACUCAUCACCAGCAAGCUUGUAGGGUAA